AUGCCUAUGCUUACCGAUCCUUCCCAAAAGUAUAAGGGAUACACUCCUUUGAACCUCACUGAUCGCAAGUGGCCGUCGAAAACAUUGACCAAGGCCCCGAUCUGGCUCUCGACCGACUUGCGCGAUGGAAACCAGGCUCUUGCCAAUCCUAUGACCAUCGAACAGAAGACUGUUUUCUUCAGAGAGCUCGUUAAGUGCGGUGUUAAACAGAUCGAAGUUGCAUACCCUGCCGCGAGUGAUACCGAUUUCAUGUUCGUUCGGGGGCUUGUAGAAAACAAUGAAGUGCCAGAUGACGUCUGGAUCCAGGUCUUGACCCCUGCCAGGGAAGAUCUCAUCAGACGCACGAUCGACUCAGUAGCAGGGUGCAAGAAAGCUAUUCUGCACAUGUACAAUGCAACUUCUCCCACAUUCCGUAACGUCGUAUUCAGAAACUCCAAGGAGAAGACGAUCGAACUUGCUGUCGAGCAUACUAAACUUGUGCGAAGACUGACGGAAGAGUGCACAGCCAAGUACGGGACUGUGUUCAAGUAUGAAUACAGCCCGGAAACGUUCACUCAAACUGAACCUGACUUUGCUCUGGAGGUAUGCGAGGCAGUCAAGGCAGCAUGGGGGAAGGCAGGCACUGGAGAGGAUCGAAUCAUUUUCAAUUUGCCCGCGACCGUUGAGAUCGCCCCCCCAAAUCAUUACGCUGAUCAGAUCGAAAAUUUCUGCAACAAAAUUUCUGAGCGAGAGAAGGUUAUUGUUAGUUUACACCCUCAUAAUGAUCGAGGUACUGGUAUUGCGGCUGCUGAACUGGGUCAGCUGGCUGGAGGGGAUCGCGUCGAAGGAUGCUUCUUUGGAAAUGGCGAACGCACUGGAAAUGUCGAUCUCGUCAAUCUCGCCCUCAAUCUAUACACUCAGGGAAUUCAUCCUGGAUUGGACUUCAGUGAUAUCCAAACUGCUAUCGACACCGUGACACAGUGCAACGACCUUCCUAUCCACCCGCGUCAUCCAUAUGCCGGAGAACUUGUCUUCACUGCCUUUUCUGGAUCGCACCAAGACGCCAUCAAAAAAGGAUUCGAGGCACAAAAGAUCAAACACGCGGAGGCUGCUGCCAAAGGAGAGCCUCAAUAUUGGGAUAUUCCAUACCUUCCCAUCGACCCCGCCGACCUUGGUCAGAACUAUGAAGCUGUCAUCAGAGUCAACUCACAAUCCGGCAAGGGUGGAAUUGCAUACCUCAUCAAACAACAUCUGCACCUGGAUCUCCCAAGAAAGAUGCAGAUCGCGUUUUACCAGGUUGUCCAGGCUAUUUCAGACAGGGAGGCUCGCGAAAUGACGGUCGACGAUAUCACUACUGCAUUCCGCACCACCUACCACUUCGGAGGACCCAAGUACCAGGGCAGAUUGGCUCUUCGCAACUUCAAGAUAUCCACGGAGCCUUCAGAAGAUCCUGCAGAUGAAUCUGAAGAGACACCCGACGAACGCCGUAGAUUCGACGGAACCCUGGCAGUUGAUGGCGUGUACCGUGUGAUUAGAGGAGAUGGAAAUGGGCCCCUAUCUGCCCUGUUGGAUGCCCUACGAGUCCACCUAGACAUCGACUUGACGAUUCGAGAUUACACGGAGCAUUCCGUCGGAGAGGGCAAGGAUGUGAAAGCAGCCUCCUACGUCGAGGUUGUGCCUGCAGGUGACCGCAAGUCUGCUCAAUCAUGGUGGGGUGUUGGCCUGGACUCUGACAUCGCUGGCUCCGGUCUACGUGCCCUUCUGAGUGCGGUCAACCUUGCCAUCGGCGACCGCCCUCUGCCUGAACUCAAGCUGAGUGUUGGAUUCAACGCUCGUUCUGGCCAGGCGGACAUUUCCAGUGUCAUUGUCAACUCCCUUGGCCUCGAACUACCGCGUCGCCUUCAGUCAGCCUUCUUCGAGGUUGCUCAACGAGCUGCUGGCGAAACCGGUGGCGAGAUCUCUCUGGGUGCUUUGACCGAGCUUUUCCAGUCAACAUACGGCUUCCAUCCAUCAGGUACCGCCGACAACAGGCUUGCUCUUGGUAACUUUAAAUUGGAGCAUAUUGGGGAAGGUGGUCGCCGCCAAUUUAUAGGAGACGUCGUUGUAGAUGGCGAGAAACGUUCGAUCACCGGUGAAGGAAACGGUCCCCUAUCUUCUGUUCUAUCAGCUCUACACUCCUUUGUAUCGGGGACUCUUACAAUCCGGGAAUAUUCUGAACACUCGAUCGGAGAAGGCGCUGAAGUUAAUGCAGCGUCUUACGUUGAACUCACGUAUGAGGUCUCUGAAUUGAAAAAGACACGCGCCUGGGGUGUUGCUGUCGACAAUGAUAUCACCGCGUCUGGGAUCAAGGCAGUAUUGGCCGCGGCAAGUAAAUUGGACUUGGUAUUGAAGAACUAA